AUGGAGUCAGGAUCUCCACCAAGGCCAAUCUGUUGCUUUUGGUACUCUUCACCAAAGAAUCACAGAAAGAAGAGCAAGGGAACUGCUUGUCUUUCAAAGUUUGACAUUGAAGACAAUGGUAAUUGGGGAAGAAAUGGAGAAAUUCUUUCGGAUAUGAGUACUUUUUCAGUGGAAGAACAAGAGCGAAGGUUGAAGAAGGCGAUGGCGGAGGAAAAGAGAGUUUGUAGGGAGGCUGAGAGGGUGGUGGAAUGGGUGAAGCAAGAAUCAGCAAGGUUGGAUGUUUCUGCAAUCAAAAAUAUUGUAAGGCAAGAGGAUGAAACUAUUAAGUAA